AAGCUUCCAUAUAAAAUGAGAGACUUUCGCACGCUCGCAAUAUUCACAUCCUGCCAUCACAACGAGUAGCACGUAAGGAAUCAUCAUGAAACUGGUCAUGCUCCUUGUUGUCGUUUCUGCCAUGCUCGUGUUAGGAGGAGCACAAACAGCCAGCCAAUUUUAUUGUGGAGACUUUUUGGCGCGUACAAUGUCCAGCCUGUGUUGGUCGGACAUGCAGAAACGAAGCGGAUCCCAGUACGCGGGCUACGGCUGGCCGUGGCUGCCCCCCUUCUCCUCGUCUCGUGGGAAACGCGGUAUUGUCGAUGAGUGCUGCUACAGACCCUGCACAAUAGACGUUCUGAUGUCAUACUGCGAUAACUAGUGCGGAAAACUCGACAAUUUGACAAUUUUCG